AUGAGUGUCAAGGCCGUCGAGUUCACGCCCUUCACCGACCAGAAGCCCGGAACCUCGGGUCUUCGCAAAAAGGUCACCGUCUUCCAGAAGCCUCACUACAGCGAGGCUUUUGUCGCCAGCAUCCUGCUCUCCAUCCCCGAAGGUGCCCAAGAUGCCUUCCUCGUCAUCGGCGGAGAUGGCCGCUACUGGAACCCCGAGGUCAUCCAGCUGAUUGCGAAGAUUGGCUACGCGUACGGCGUCAAGAAGCUCCUCAUCGGCCAGAACGGCAUCCUCUCGACGCCUGCCGCCAGCCAUGUUAUCCGUAAGAGGAAGGCCACCGGCGGCAUUCUCCUGACUGCCAGCCACAACCCCGGAGGUAUGUCUGUCCAUCUUCCCCCGCGCCCUCCUCAUCCUCCCCUGCUCCGCCGCCGCCUCUACAUAAGAUCGCUAAAGUCUCGGUCUCGAACCUUCGCAGGUCCCCACGACGACUUCGGCAUCAAGUACAACCUCGCCAACGGCGGCCCCGCCCCCGAGCCCGUCACCAACAAGAUCUUCGAGACCUCCAAGGCCCUGACCUCGUACAAGAUUGCCGACAUUCCCGACGUCGACAUCACCACCAUCGGCACCAAGACGUACGGCGACCGCCUCGAGGUCGAGAUCAUCGACAGCACCGCCGACUACGUCGCCAUGCUCAAGGACAUCUUCGACUUUGACCUCAUCAAGAAGUUCUUCAAGACCCACCCGGACUUCAAGGUCCUCUUCGACGGCCUGCACGGCGUCACGGGCCCCUACGGCAACGCCAUCUUCCGCGGCGAGCUCGGCCUCGGCCCCGAGUCCACCCAGAACUGCGUGCCCUCGCCCGACUUUGGCGGCGGCCACCCGGACCCCAACCUCGUCCACGCCCACGACCUCGUCGCCGCCGUCGAGAAGGCCCAGAUCCCCUUUGGCGCCGCCUCGGACGGCGACGGCGACCGCAACAUGAUCUACGGCGCCGGCGCCUUCGUCAGCCCCGGCGACAGCCUCGCCAUCAUCGCCCACCACGCCCACCUCAUCCCCUACUUCAAGAAGAACGGCGUCCACGGCCUCGCCCGCAGCAUGCCCACCGCCUCGGCCAUCGACCUCGUCGCCAAGAAGCAGGGGCUCGCCUGCUACGAGGUGCCCACGGGCUGGAAGUUCUUCUGCGCCCUCUUCGACGCCGACAAGCUGUCCAUCUGCGGCGAGGAGAGCUUCGGCACGGGCAGCAACCACAUCCGCGAGAAGGACGGCCUGUGGGCCGUCGUCGCCUGGCUCAACAUCAUCGCCGGCCUCGGCGUCGCCAACCCGGGCGUCGCGCCCAGCAUCAAGCAGAUCCAGCACGACUUCUGGAACGAGUACGGCCGCGUCUUCUUCACGCGCUACGACUACGAGAAUGUCGACUCGGAGGGCGCCAAGAAGGUCGUUGAUACCCUGGGCGACCUGGUCAAGGACUCUGGCUUUGUCGGCAGCAAGAUUGGCGAGCGCACUGUCACCGACGCCGGCAACUUCUCGUACACGGACCUCGACGGCUCCGUGUCGAGCAACCAGGGCCUGUACGCCUGCUUCUCCACCGGCAGCCGCAUCGUCGUGCGCCUAUCGGGCACGGGCUCGAGCGGCGCCACCAUCCGCCUCUACGUGCAAAAGUACAGCGGCGACCGGGCCACGUACGGGCAGGACGCGCAGGACUUUUUGAAGUCGGAGAUUGAGUUUGCCACGGGCCUGCUCAAGUUCAAGGAGUAUGUCGGCCGGGACCAGCCUGAUGUGCGGACCUGA